AUGAAGUCAUGGCAAUGCUUCGGACCAAUCUUCGUGAAACACGGUUACAUUUUCAAGCAAGUACAAGGUGUACCAAUGGGUGGUAAUGCUAGUCCUCAUAUUGCCGAUCUCACAUUGUCAAUCGUAGAGAAUCGGUUUCUUCGUACGAAUCCAGGGAUUCGUCUCCAUACUGAUGAAAUCCUUAUUACUAAUUACGCCAAUUUUACUGAAAUUGCCAGUAACAUCUAUGAGCUUAGUCCUGCAACUUAA